GUUCUCAGGAUUGAACUGAAGACACCAGAUCAGGCAAGCAAGCUUAGCCCCAUCACAUGAUGCGCCCCCAGGCCCUCUUUAAUUGAGGAGAGGAGGAGCUGGACCUCAGCUGGGACCAGGAGGAUAUCUGCCACUCUCCCCCAAGUGGCUCCAGAACAGGAAGUCCCAGUUGCGAGCCAGCCCGGCCGGGAGUUCGGUCCUCUGCCCCCAUGGCAGGCUUCUGCUACCUUCUGGGACUCCUUCUCUUGGCGGCCAGCAUCCCCUUCCAUGCUGCUAAACGAUUUCGAGACGUGGCAAACCAUGGAGGGGCUGCGGCCUCUGCCUUUAGGCACCAGGACCGACUUCAAGGCUGGUCUCCCGACCAGAACAUAUGGAAUGAAAAACUCUAUCCUGUCUGGAGAGAGGGAGACUCCCGGUGGAAAAGCUGCUGGAAAGGAGGACAGGUGCGGGCCAUCCUGACCAGCGACUCCCCAGCACUGGUGGGGUCCAACAUCACCUUUGUCGUGAGCCUGGUGUUCCCCAGAUGUCAAAAGGAAGUGGAGAGUGGAGACAUCGUCUAUGAUCAGAGCUGCAAGAACGACACUGCCUCAUCCUCAGAUUCUUAUGUGUACAACUGGACUAUGGAGGAAAGAGACUGGGGAAAGUGCCCAAACAGAAGUACUCACCAUGUGUUUCCAGAUGGGAAGCCCUUUCCUUGCCAUCCUGGAUGGAAGAAGAAGAAUUUUGUUUACAUAUUUCAUACACUAGGUCAGUAUUUCCCAAAAUUGGGACGAUCCUCAGCUGCAGUUUCUAUAAACACAGCCAACAUGCCUCUUGGUCCCCAACUCAUGGAAGUAAAUGUGUACAGAAGAGGACACAAAACAUAUGUCCCAGUCGCAUCAACCAGGGACAUAUAUACAAUAACAGAUGAAAUUCCUGUAUUUGUGAAUAUGUCCCAGAAAAACGACCGCAAUUCAUCUGAUGAUAUCUUCAUCAAGGACCUUCCUAUUCUGUUUGAUGUUCACCUUCACGAUCCCAGCCACUUCCUGAACACCUCUGCAAUCCACUACAAGUGGAAGUUUGGAGACAACAGCGGCUUGUUUGUUUCAAGCAGUGCUGUUUUCAAUCAUACUUACACACUCAAUGGAAGCUUCAUUCUAAAUCUGACCGUCCAAGCGGCUGUCCCCGGACCGUGUCCUGGGCCUUCACCCAGUCCCCCAACACCUACCUCUCCUCACUUUAUAGUAAGUACCGUAAACUCCUCCUACGCCGCCAUCCCGUUGCCUCCUGGGGCCGGCCUGCAAGAUUGGAGGAGAGAUGCUCCUGAUGGAAGCUGCCAGAUCAUCAGAUAUGGCCAUUUCACAGCCUCCCUCACUAUCGUCGAGGGAAUCCUGGAAGUGAAUAUCAUCCAGAUGACCAAUAUUCAGAAGUCGAUGUCACAGACUGAGGAUUCCGCUGUCGACUUUGUUGUCACCUGCCAGGGAAACACUCUUACUGACGUCUGUACAGUUAUUUCUGAUCCUACGUGCCAAUGGCCCCAGAACACAGUCUGUGACCCUGUGGAAGUCAAUGACCAGUGCUUGUUGACCAUAAGGAGAGCCUUCAGGGAAAAUGGGAUGUAUUGUGUGAACCUUACUUUGGGUAACGAGGCCAGUCUGGCCCUUACAAGUACAUUGGUCUCUAUCAGUGGAAAAGCUCCAGGGUCACCUUCCAGAGCAGGAGCAGGCAUCUUGGUCUCCAUCGGCGCCUUGGUUAUCUUCACUGUUGUUCUAACCUUCUUUGUGUACAAGCGAUACAAAGAAUUCAAACUAAUUGAAAGCUGCCCCGGGAAGGUGGGAAAGAACAAUGGCCUGGAUGUUUCUUUCCAUAAGAAGAAGACUGUGUUCUUCCCGGCAAACAAUGAGAAGGAUCCGCUGCUGAAGAGAGAGCCUGGAAUUGUUUAACACUCACAGCCAAUCUGGGCCUUUAUAGUGCACACGACAACGGGCGUGAGUUUGUCCCUGCUGUCUGCCUGAUUUUAGACCCCCGAUGCCCACAGCCCACUUGCAGUGGGGAGCUCGCCUGUACCUUGAGAUCUGUAAUGAAAAACAAAUGAUACCAACGGCAAUAUUCCAGGACCCGGUAUCUUGAUGUCCUUGACUUCACAGAGGAAAAUACCUUUCUGUACUGCCUGGAUCUGUUUACAUCACGAAUAAAUUUGCAAAAAGACAAAUUAAGGCUUGAUGGUAGGCAAAACAUCCUAGUUGUCAGGGCUGGCCAAGAACGGAAUGGUUUGCUUUAAGAAAUUGUUGGUUGCUGUCGCCGGAGGUACUCGGGAGAUGGCUAGAUGAUCACUGGGAGCAAGGGGAUGUUUGAUCAGGCAGAGAUUGUGUCUGCU